AUGGAUUCGAUUCUUGUUGCCGUUUCUCGAACUGUAUUUCCACGUUCGAGCGUAAUUCCCGACGCUGAGUUCAAGAAUUUGCCUUGCAUCCUCACAGACUACAUCCGGCCCGAGUUCAGAAAGCCCGUUGUUGCUUAUACUUCCACUUCUCCCUGCCGACGGCGCCAACUCUCUGAAUUACGCUGGCAAGCGGCAGUCUCCACCUCCGACACCGCCGGUACCACCAAUUCCGGCCCUCCACGAGAAGGGAUGUAUAUCGUUGGUGAUUUUAUGACGAGAAAAGAGGAUUUGCAUGUUGUAAAACCUUCAACUACUGUUGAUGAAGCAUUGGAGAUGCUAGUCGAGAAAAGAAUUACUGGAUUUCCUGUGAUCAACGAUGACUGGAAGUUGGUUGGUGUUGUUUCCGACUAUGACUUGUUAGCACUUGACUCCAUCUCAGGCAGCGGUCAACAUGACACAAAUAUGUUUCCCGACGUUGACAGUACUUGGAAAACAUUUAAUGAGAUUCAGAAGCUACUCAGCAAAACUAAUGGGCAGAGUGUCGGUGACCUUAUGACCCCUGCUCCCCUUGUUGUUCAUGAGAACUCAAACCUGGAGGAUGCUGCGAGAUUAUUGCUUAAAACCAAGUAUCGUCGACUGCCAGUUGUAGAUGGCGAUGGAAAACUGGUUGGCAUUAUCACCCGAGGAAAUGUGGUUAGAGCUGCCCUUCAAAUAAAACGUGCUAGUGGCACAAUAUAA